GAAGCUUGCAUCAUGAGCAUUUAGCUGGAAAAGGUGGUUCUGUCACAAAGCCUGCAGUACUCCAAGGCAGAAUCUGAAUGAGAGCAAAAGAGUUCUGGAAGUAUACUGGAAUCCAAAUUGACAUGAGAAGAUCCAGAAACGGCGGAUGCGUCAGACAGAGGGCUAGGAGCAAUGUUGGCCCAAGAAAUUGAUGGAGAGGAACAUCCAAUAUUGUACCUAAGCAGGAAACUUACUCCCAGUAUAAAGAGACGAAGCAGCAGACGACAAAAAACUUCCUGGGAAGAUAUGGCCGCCACUCGGGUCAGUUCCUUGCAGAACCUCAGCGAGGAAGCCCUUUGCUCCAUCUGCCUGGAGUAUUUCAAGGAUCCCGUGAUCAUUAUAGAGUGUGGCCACAAUUUCUGCCGAGCCUGCCUGACCCAGUGCUGGGAGGAGACGGAGGGCAGAAAGGUUUCCUGCCCUCAAUGCAGAGAAAAAGUCCAAAGGAAUUUCAUCCCCAAUCGGCUGCUGGCAAACUUGGCGGAGAAACUCAGUCACCUGGAAACUCAGAGAGAAGGUGUCUGUGAAGAACAUCAGGAGCCCUUGAAACUCUUCUGCAAGGAUGACAAGACCCUCAUCUGCCUUGUUUGUGACAGAUCCAAAGAGCACCGAGACCAUGAGGUGGUUCCUGUCAAGGAAGCUGCCCAGGAGUACCAGGAUCUGAUCACCGGUCGCUUGGAGCAUCUGGAAGAUAAGAGGGGGGAAGUCACAAAAUGUAAAGAAGAAACCGAAGAGGAAAGUCAAGCCUUGCUUCAACAAACAAAAGCAGAGAGGGAAGAGAUGAAUGCAGUCUUGAGAAAUUUACAACAGUUUUUGGGAAAACACGAGAAGCUUCUCGGGGCCCAGUUGGAAGAGGUGGAAAAGGAGAUUGCGAGGAAAAGGGACAAACACCUGGCCAAACUCUCCGAGAAGCUCUCCUCUCUUGAAGAUCUUAUCCAGGAGAUGGAGGAGAAGGGCCAGCAGCCCCCCAAUGAACUCCUGCAGGACGUUAGAAGCCUCUCGGAGAACUGUGAGCAGGAGGAGACAUUUCGUGAUCUUGUGGCUUUCCCCCUUGAGCUGAAGUCAAAGAUCUGGGGUGUCUUUGACAGAAAUGCCUUUCUAGCUGACCUGGAGAAGCACUUCCGAGAUAUUAGCUUAUCUGGACCCCAACUUCAUAAAGCAGCAAAUGUUACUCUGGAUCCAGAAACAGCAUUCUUCUGCCUCGACGUGUCUGGAGAUUGCAAACAUGUGAACUAUCGAAAGUACCGAUAUUUGACCGACAACCCUGAGAGGUUCGAUGACUGUUAUUACGUGCUAGGACGUGAGGGAUUCACCGCAGGGAGACACUACUGGGAAGUCACUAUGGAAGGUGAGGGAACUUGGGCUGUGGGGGUGGCCAGGAAAUCCGUACGGAGGAAAGGCGAUGUGGAAUGUAGAACUGAGGAAGGGAUCUGGGCUUUUGAGAAACGUGGUAAUGGCUACAGAGCCUCCAACCUUCCUAACAAAUCUUUUCUUCCCUUGAGUGGGAAGCUGAGGAGGAUCCGGGUGUCCCUGAACUACGACGAGGGACGGGUAUCCUUUCAUGAUCUGGAUAAAGGAUCCCAUCUCUACACCUUCUCUGGAGCCUCUUUCUCUGGGGAGACCCUUCUCCCCUUCUUUGAAGUAGACGACUCCCUCACAAUCUCAUCUUAGGGCGGGCAAGCCAAGCUCACAUGGAAACCAACCAUGACAUGGUUGAGCAGGUUGCCUUGCCCUUUUAAAAAUCCCUCCCCCCCAAUAGACUUCUGGCCACAAUCCUCCUCUAGAAAACUAAGCUAAACCAAGAUGGGGGGCUGCUCUCUCCCCCCUCCCACUUUCCUACAGUCCUUUCCUCCUUUUGCCAAUUUUUAAAGAGACGGUAGCCCUUUACUUGCGUGUCAGAAAUCUCCUUUCUCCAUGCUGCAUCCAUGGCUCUUGUUCUUAGUUUCAGGUUUAUAUAUUCGUAGAAGCAUAGAAUAGUGAAGUUGGAAGGGGCCUAUAAGGUCAUAAUGUCCAACCUCCUUCUCGAUGUAGGGAUCCAAAUCAGAGGAUAUCUAGAGGUAGUUGUCUAAGUUUCUUUAGAAUGGUUCCAGUGUUAGCACACUCAUCACCUCUUGAGGUCAUUGGUUCCACUGGCUUACAGCUCUAACGGUUAGGAAGUUUCUCCUGACAUUCAAGCGAAAUCUGGCUUGCUUUCUCACAAUGCCAGAAAAUGUGAGUGCUCGCUGUUAAGAUAAACUCUUCCCAAAACAGGGGAAAAAAAACUCUCUUUCUCUUAAGAGUCCCUAUCCCAAACAUGAGGAAACCAUUAUGACUUCCUGGAGGAUGUACAUUUUAGGUCAAAUAUCUGUGCUCAAUAAAGGUGAUUAGUGUAUUUCCCUCACACAUAAAGACAUACUGUGUGUUGUACCAUUAAUGUCUGCUGAUGUGGGUCUUAUAUGGGUUUGCCUUGACUCAGAACAACAGAAUGCUAUUCCAGGGAUAGAAACAUUCCUUCCGAUAUACAAAUAUUUGCUCAACUUGUGUGUAAUUAGCAUUUAUGCAUAUGCAGGUCCUAAUUUUUAUACACAGUCCAGCUUCCUUGUAUAAUAAAUUUCCGUGAAUAUGCUCGUUGUGGAAUAAAACACUCAUAAACCA